AUGCCUGGUGUUAUAACUUGUUCUACACUUGAUGUCAAGAUGAGUAAGCAUGAUGGUUCACCACUUUUUGAUCCCUCAGAAUAUGGUUCACAAGUUGAGGCUCUUCAGUACAUCACUUGGACAAGGCCUGAAACAUCUUAUUAUGUCAGUCAAGCAAUCCAGAUGACAGGUGAAGUACAAGUGGGUUAUGCAUUUACUUUGGCAUCAAUCCCAUCACCUGGAGCUAUAAAAAGCAGACUACGGUCUCUCGAUCCUCCAUUAAGGCAUAAUACAAAUCACUUGCACACUGUGUCCAAAUCAUUCAAGGAUCUGUAUGGAACUGUUUCCACAGUCUCUGGAUUGCAGGGAGCUAUACAAAUUGGAAUUAAUUAUGGAGAUGAGGGUGACAAUCUCCCUUCUCCAGACGCAGUCCCAACCAUACUCCAACAACAUAACAUCCAACGUGUGCGCAUCUUCAAUCCAAAUCUCAGUUUUCUAAGGGCGAUAAACAAUACUCUCAUCGAAGUAGUCCUAGGAACACUCAAUGAAGAUGUUCUGACGCUCGCAAGUGACGCGUCCUAUGCAACGUCAUGGAUCAACACCAAUAUCAUUCCAUUUACAAACGUGAAUUUCAAAUACAUAUCAGUUGGUAAUGAAAUUACGUUCCCUGGAAACUACGCAAGUUCUUUAGUUGCAGCGAUUCAAAAUCUCGAUGCUGCUCUUAAAACUUCUAAUAGACCAAUCCCCGUUACAACCGCUAUCGAUAUGCUCCCAAUAGCAGUGUCAUAUCCACCUUCUGUAGGGAGAUUUACUGAUGAUUCAACACCGAUAUUUAGAUCCCUUGCAUCAUUCCUUAACACCAAUGGGUACCCUCUCCUUGUGAAUGCUUACCCUUACUUCGCUUACCUUGGCUCUGGAGGUGUAAGUUUGGAUUAUGUAUUGUUCAACACCACCGAUGUUGUUGUCCAAGAUGGUGAAUAUGGAUACAAGAAUAUCCUUUAUGCUAUGGUUGAUGCAAUUUAUGCAGCACUAGAGAAAUUGGAUGCACCUGAUGUUCGGAUUGUCGUGGCUGAAACAGGUUGGCCUUGGUCAGGGAACGAUGUGGCGACGACAGACUAUGCUUCAAUGUACAAUAACAAUUUGAUUGCUCAAUUAACAUCAACAACAGGUACACCCAGGAGACCUAGUGUUGAACUAGAAACAUACAUAUUCUUUGUUUAA